GUGGACCAUCUGUUUGGAGGGGCGUAUAGAAAAGAAAGGAGGCCAUAUUGUACAGUUAAAUUGAAAGAAAGAAAAUAAUUUAUCGUGCCCUUGUGGAGUCGCGAUAAUAUAAAUUUUUAUUCAAUUCUCGCGUCAUCAACAGUGGAUUAAUAAUCUCAGGAUCGUGAACGGAAGUGAAUUGAAAAAAAUAGAGGAGUCUUUACUCGGCUCCUGUCGUUUUUUUGUAUAUAAAUACAGAGUUACGGAUCUCGAUAUAUAUUCGAUCAAGACCGUCCAUACCCAAGGAGUCAUUUGCUGUUGACGAAAUGGGCACUCGAGACGACGAAUACGAUUAUUUAUUUAAAGUGGUUCUCAUUGGAGACUCGGGAGUUGGUAAGAGUAAUCUCCUCUCACGAUUCACACGCAAUGAAUUCAAUCUCGAGUCAAAGUCGACAAUUGGAGUUGAAUUCGCGACUCGUAGCAUACAAGUUGAUGGGAAAACGAUCAAGGCCCAGAUAUGGGACACGGCUGGACAGGAACGUUAUCGUGCUAUCACGUCCGCAUAUUAUCGAGGUGCUGUGGGAGCAUUACUUGUUUAUGAUAUAGCGAAGCAUUUGACGUAUGAAAAUGUUGAACGAUGGUUGCGAGAAUUACGAGAUCAUGCCGAUCAGAAUAUUGUUAUAAUGUUGGUCGGAAAUAAGUCUGACCUGAGGCAUUUGCGAGCUGUGCCCACUGACGAAGCCAAAGCAUUUGCCGAAAGAAAUGGCCUCUCAUUCAUCGAGACCUCUGCCUUAGACUCAACCAAUGUCGAGACGGCUUUUCAAAAUAUUUUAACCGAAAUUUAUAGAAUCGUCUCGCAAAAGCAGAUAAGGGAUCCUCCUGAAGGUGACACCAUCCGACCACAGAAUGUAGAACCAAUCGACGUAAAACCGACAAUGAGUUCAGACGGAAUGCGCAAACAAUGCUGCCAGUGACUCUCCUCACACUUUAACAUAAGCAGUUACACUGAGGGAGGGAGGAGGGAAGUGGUGACCGGCGAUAAAUAUAGCAGGUGCGUGAUCGCACGAGAACUAAGACUAUGGGUACGGGGGCCUAUAAUCUCGUACGCUAGGGGGUUUUUUUAUUAAUAAAUGAAAAAGCAAAAAAAAAACCCCAUCGAUGUGAGGGGGAAUCGCAGACUGCUAACUAAAAAAAAUUAACAAGUUAAUAGAAA